GGGGCCCGUCCGCCACACUCCGUUCCCCGACGCCAAGAACACGGACCCCAAGAACUGGACGGAGAAAGAAGUUGUCGCCUCCUCCAAGAAAAGAGCUCUUCUUCUAGGAAGGGCGGAGCUUGGAGCUUGGAGCGGUGUGAGGUCCGAUAUGGCAAUAGGUAUCAUCAUCGAGGAGGAGAUCGGGUCGUACGAGGAGUACCUCGACAUGGCCACGCAAACUCUAAUCAUCGAUGGGAUCGCUGAUCUUAGAGCCAUGAUUUCCAACGGAAAUACAAUAACAAUUUGCUGGCUCUUCAGAAUUGUGGAGUACUUGGUCAGGUAUCAUUUGGGGCACAUUCUCGAAUGCGACACGGCGGUGUAUUCUUCUGGCACCUGCGAUGUUCAUCUAAUCCUUGACAGCACCAGAGAUCCUAUCAUCCUUCCUCCUGUAACCCCUGCAGAACAUUUUAGAGUAAUUGUGCAUCCAGUGUCAGGUGGGCAGUCUUAUGAGGCAUAUCUUCUGGAGUGCAGGGAGGCCUUUCACAGCAACAGAGUAAUGGGCAUCACAGGUGUCACUACAGACAGUCAGCCAGACGGUAUAUACUAUUGCAUGCAUAUUGCAAAUGAACUUAAAAGGACUGAUGAAGCAAAAGAAAUAGUUACCAGUGGGUGGAUCUAUGGACGGGGGCUUUAUGCAGUAGACAUGGUCACGGUCCAUCAAGACACAACAAUAACCGAGGUGCUUCCUGGGACUGGCAGAAUGUCCAAGUGGAACUAUUGGUCGAGGUGUAAGCUCAAGAGGAAGCCGUUGGUGCUGAAGCACUAGACAUAUCUGGUGAUCUCCACAAUUGUAUAGCAAAGAAUGUGGUUCCUCCAUUCUACUUCAUAGGCCUUUUAUAAUCUUGACCACUAGUGAUCAGUAUUAGGUUCGUAGCCAUUUCAUUCAGCUCCUGUUAAAUCUAGAGGAUAGAUAAUUAUGACGAUCAGAUAUUGAUUCGUUUCUUGUAUAUUGUGCAAUCUAGGGUGUAGAUCAUGGAUAUGGAUAGGGUCAAGCCUAGUUAGCUGUUGAAGACAUCUUGUACAAGGUUACCAUCAGUUUGACUCGAUCUGAGUAUAGAAAUUCCAACUUACUUUGUUCUGUGCAUUCAUUAAUUAUGAAUCUUUUUUGCC